ACGUAGCCAUCUUCGCUUCAUAACCAAACAAAUUUGACGUUUCUUUUAGUGCAAGGAUUUGCAUUAAAAUUAUGCUCUAAACGGGUGUUUUUAGUGAAAAUCCACUUAAAUUAACAAAGGAUACGUUUAGGUAAAUAUUUCUGUGGAUAAUCUACGAAAAGAGUCGCUCCAAGGAAUGUAAUAAAUUUUGAGGAUUAUGUAGAAGUUUUAAGUGAAGCAUUAUUUGUAUUUUUAUCUUAAAUAGCUUAUAAGUAAAUUAUUUUGGUUUUUGUAAAAAGCACUCAACGAAAAUGGAAAAUGCUGAAACAAAAUCGACGGAAAUUGAAAACGAUAGUGACCCAUCACAUGACAAAGAGCAACAACUGGAAGAGGAUGUUCCAGAGAAUUUCUUUGAUGACUUUAUGAACGAAGACUUUAUUGAUGGGUUAAAUGUUGUUGAUACUUGGGAUGAAGAGGAGUCCAAGAAAAACGAUAAAGUUAAAAAAUCACCUCAAAAAAGCCGUUCACCUCGAAGGAAGUGUCAACGCACUAAAUCACCUCGCCGGCACCGCUCUUCGGAUCAAAACGAAAAGGAACGCGAUCGUCGGGAUCCCUCAAAAACGCAACGGGAUAUUCUCCGGGAUAAAGAUAAAUGUGCGAAAGAUCAAAAAGCGAAAUUUAUAUCAGAAAAAUUAAAAGUUGUUGAAACCGGUUUGGUCCCCCCUGGGAUGGAAAUGGAAGUGGAUAUCAUCAAGUUAUCUUCUUCCACUGUUACAACUAAACUCCAGAAGAUUCGUCGAAGCGUUGAAAGAAAUCGGAGCCAAGAAAUUGGUAGAAAACAUCGGAAAUCAUCUCCGGAGAGGAUUCGAAGGAGUCCAAUUCGACGAAGGAGCCCUUUAAGACGCCCCCAAAAAACAAGAUCGCGAACUAGAAGCCCCAGAAGAAUCUCGCAACCAGGAGGUGAAAAACGAAAUAGACGCAUUGACGAUCGGAGGGAUAUCCGAAGAAGAAACAGUGUUUCAAGGAGUCCAAGAAGACGACGUUCGAAGACCCCCCAAUCGGAUAUUUCAGAACGAGAACGAUGGUUGCGGAGGAGAUCUCGCUCGAGGAGUCCGAGAAGAAACAAAACGUUUUUGCAGGAAUUAGGUGAUAAAUUAAAACCGGAAGAUAAAAUUUUAUUUAAAGACACUUUACCGGAUAUUUUAUCGAAAUCUAGCGCGCUUUUAUCGGGAUUUUUACCCACUCCGGUUCCGCCACCUCAAAAUUUUAUUCCCCAAACUUUGAUUAUUCCCCCCCAAUCGGAUUAUGAUCAACAAUUUUUUAUUGGCCAAUCGGAUAUGGGGCCACCAAUGUUUCCUCCUAGAUCUUUAGGAUUUAUUCCCCCCGAUCAUAUGAUCCCGUUACAACCGACACAUAUACCGUAUAUGAUGGAAAAUCCCCAACCCGUCCCAAUGCCCAACGAUUUUAUCGCUCACAAUCAAAUUUUGCAAAAACCAUCAACGUCGCCACUUUUAGGAAAGGACGCUUUAUCAAAGCUUUUUAAUGAUAAGAAGAUAAUGUUAAGUGACUAUCUCAGUUUAACAGGAAAAUUUACAGAUGAAUCUAGACCUCAAAAUAUUCAAAAUAAAAUAAAAGUCAUCUCAGACUGUCAAGAUGUUAUAAAAGAACUCGCCGGGGAACCAAAAUCUUCGAGUCGUUUCACCGUAAGGAAACUCAUCAAACCGGAAAAAAUCGAUCAUAAACAUCAAUCGCCGUUGAAGAAGAUCCCGGUGGUUCGUUUCCAAUUUACGAAUAGAUCUAAAACGUCGGAAGAUUCCCCCACGAUGGCCUCCCAACUCUCCAAACUUCUCCGUAAAUUCGGAAAAGAAUUUACGUUUGAGGAUUUACCAAAAACACCAUCGAUUGAGUCAAGAAAUAGUGGUACCCAAAGCCCACCACCACCCCCCGUUAUUUUCGAAACGGAUAAAACACCAUCGACGAAAAUUUCUUUAAUAAAUACACCCACACAUACAAUGUUCACCCAAACUGAUCGUUAUAAAUGCGCGGAUUGCGAGACUCGAAACGCAAAAGUAACAGCUUCAGUUCCCACCCAAACUAAUGAUUCGAUGACGUUCGAUGUUGCAUGCCAAGUUUCUCCAGAAGAUUUUCCUAAACCGAAGAGUAUCUUGAAAAAUAAUCAAUCGUUGGCUAGCAUGACCCCGGCGCAAUUAUUAGCGAAUGCUUCACCAACUUCAUCUUCAAAGUAUCACCAACCGAAUUUUGAAUCCCCGGAAACUGCCAAGAGGAAUCAUCAACAACGCUCGUUUAAUUCCCCGGAUAGUUUCAGCGAUUACAAUGAAUUCGAUCGGUACAGAAGUGAAACUGUGAAAGGAAGUGCCAUAUUUGAACGUGAUCGAGGACCUGGAUCCACUAUAAAUAGGGACGUUGGGUUUGGGGGCGUUUCAAGAAAUUUUGGGUAUCAACCCAAACCACCCGUAUUUGGUUUUCAACGCCAGGAAGAUGGGAUGGGUAAUUUUAAUCCACCACCGGGACAGAUGGGGUAUCGAGGACGUGAUGGAAGAUGGUAUUAAGUUAGAUAUAGGUUAAGGUUUAAGUUUAUUGUGUAUAGUUGUCCGAUUUAUAAUUUUGGUUAUAAAUUGUUAAUCGAAAAAUGAUUUAUAUAUUAAUUUGAUAACCAUGACAAUGUUUUUUUUUAUUAUAAUUAUUUUGUCUCAAUUUAAUCCUAGUUAUAAUAAAUAGUGAAUGUUUUUUUGGUUCGAGAAGAACUUAACCUCAACAAUAUCGACUUUAUUUAUCAAAUUGUGGAAAAUGAUCAAAAAAGGAAGUGAUUUUUUUUUAAAUAUUCCUGUUAUAACACAC